CACCGCGCGACGCGAGCCCCUGCCGGACACCUGGGUUAUCGUGGAGGAUUAUCAUCUACAGUGACAGGUUCCCUGUGUGGCCUCGCGUGGCUCGGCCUCAGUUUCCCACCUAUCGAGUAAAGUUCUGCACGGCGGGUCUACGAGGUCUCUCCCACGCUAAGGUGGCGGCCGCAGGUUGGCGUGUCUUGGGUGCCGGCACCAACCAGCCCCAUCACUGAGGAGUAAAUGGGUGGGCGACUUGCGCGUCGGGACCUACAUCAGGGCCAGUGACAGUUUCCUCCGGCCAUCACAGUGCUAAGGAAAAACAAUGCCUUUGGACAGUCUGCUUGGCCUGCUGAGGCACUGUGCUAUGAGAGCAGCCUGUCCUGCACCCCGCUACCUGCACACGUCCCCCUGGAGAGCUGACUGCAGCAGAGCUUCCUUCACCCGGCUGCGCCGCCAGGCCUAUGCUCGUCUCUACCCUGUGCUGUUGGUCAAACAAGAUGGCUCCACUAUCCAUAUCCGAUACCGGGAGCCACGACGCAUGCUAGCGAUGCCCCUAGACCUGGAUGCCCUAUCUCCAGAAGAGCGCAAGGCCCGAUCCCGAAAACGUGAGGCUCAGUUCCAGCAGAAGAGGGAAGAAGAGCCAGAGGUGGUUGACAAUUUUGACACUGAACAAUACAAACGGUUUUGGACCAAGACCAAGACCAAGAAGUAACUCUGUCAGGGUGUUCCACCAGGGCCAUUUUGUAAGGAUGGAGGGCAUCUGUUUACCAUGUAUUCUUGAACCAUA